GUGCCAAUAUGUUGCCAACCAACUGGACACCUGGCUUCCCAAAAACUCAAGUGCAUGUUUUCUAAGCUUGGCAAGUCAAGAUCGAAAUGAAAUUAUGAUAAAAAUCCAUGUGGAUUUCUAACUUGGAGUCUGAGGUUCAAGACAAAGAUGAAUCUGCGUUCUGUAUUUACUGUAGAACAACAAAGGAUAUUACAGCGUUAUUAUGAAAAUGGAAUGACAAAUCAAAGUAAAAAUUGCUUUCAGCUCAUAUUACAGUGUGCACAAGAAACUAAACUGGACUUCAGUGUAGUCAGGACGUGGGUUGGCAAUAAACGAAGGAAGAUGAGCAGCAAGAGUGCUGUAGAAUCUGGAGGCACUCCCCCAGGGACUGUCCCUACUACUCCCUCAGUACCUCCAGAAGCAGCAGUUAGAAAUGUGGUAAAUAUUGCUCGAUCCCAAAGUCAGCAGUCUUCUUGGACCUCUUCUAAUAACGAUGUAAUAGUUACUGGUAUAUACAGUCCUGCUAGUUCAUCUGGUAGGCAAGGAUCCACCAAACAGACAAAUGCUUCAAUGGCAGACAUACAUAAAACCUCUAUUCCACGACUACCAGGAAAAAGUGAUACAGAGUUUCAGCAGCAGCACAUCCCUAUAGGACGACAAGUACCACAUUGUAAAAAUGCUUCCCUAUUAGUAGGGGAAAAGACUAUUAUUUUAUCUAGGCAAACAAGCGUACUGAAUUCUGCGAACUCCAUAUAUAGUCACACUAAAAAAAGCUAUGGUGGUUCUUCAGUCCAGACCGCAGAGUUGGUGUUACCUCAGAAACCGAUGAUAUGUCACAGACCCUGUAAAGCUGAACCCGUGGGCUGUCAAAGGUUACAAAAACCAGAACAUGCAGCUCUCGCAUCGCACGUGCCCCCUGGACAAAGGGCUAAUACCAGGGACCCUUCUUGUAGCACGCAAAACCUGGAAAUACGUGAAGUGUUUUCUCUGGCGGUUACAGAUCAACCUCAAAGAAUUGUGGGAGGAAGCGCAGCGCAGAAGCAUUGCUCGGUGGAAGGCAGCUGUCUGUCCAUUGCGAUGGAAACUGGAGAUGUGGAUGACGAAUACGCUAGAGAAGAAGAACUAGCAUCCAUGGGAGCACAAAUACAAAGCUAUUCAAGAUACUGUGAAAGCAGCAGCUCUGUUCGAGUAGAGAACCAAAGCGCAGCCUUGUCCGGGCCAGGAAGAAAUGUGAGCUGUGGUUCACAGAUGGUGAAUGCCAGGGACGUGCCUGACAAUAUUCUGUAUCAUAACAGAGACUACCAUUUGCCUGCACGGACCUCAUUACACACAACAUCCAAUACAUUAUAUAACAGUGCUAAUCCAUCAAGAAGUACCUUUUCUCCUCAUUUUACAUCUUCAAGUCAACUGAGGCUGUCACAAAACCAAAAUAAUUACCAGAUUUCAGGAAACCUUACUGUGCCUUGGAUUACAGGUUGUUCCAGAAAAAGAGCAUUACAGGACCGCACACAAUUUAGUGACCGAGACUUAGCUACCCUAAAGAAAUACUGGGACAAUGGCAUGACCAGCCUGGGCUCAGUCUGCAGAGAGAAAAUUGAAGCUGUGGCUGCAGAAUUAAAUGUUGACUGUGAAAUAGUGCGGACUUGGAUUGGGAAUCGAAGACGGAAAUAUCGUUUAAUGGGGAUUGAGGUCCCACCCCCUAGAGGAGGUCCUGCUGAUUUCUCUGAUCAAUCUGAAUUUGUUUCUAAAUCAGCACUUAAUCCAGGAGAGGAAACUGCUACUGAAGUGGGGGAUGAUAAUGAUAGGAAUGAUGAAGUAUCAAUCUGCUUAUCUGAAGGAAGCUCACAAGAAGAGACAAAUGAAGCUCUUCAAAAUGAGGAAAUCGGUCAUAAAGAUGAUGACCAGAAUCCAGUAUCUACUGAUAAUGUGAAAAUAGAAAUUAUAGAUGAUGAAGAAAGUGAUAUGAUAAGUAAUUCUGAAGUGGAUCAAAUGAGUUCUCUUUUGGACUACAAGAAUGAAGAAGUCAGAUUCAUUGAGAAUGAGUUGGAGAAUCACAAACAGAAGUAUUUUGAACUACAGACAUUUACUCGGAGUUUGAUACUUGCUAUUAAAUCAGAUGAUAAAGAACAGCAGCAGGCACUGCUCUCAGACUUACCUCCUGAAUUAGAAGAAAUGGAUUUCAAUCAUGCAUCCCCAGAGCCUGAUGAUACCUCAUUCAGCUUGUCGUCUUUAUCGGAGAAAAAUGCCUCAGACAGUUUGUGAUUUAUUUUUUUUAAUUGACAAAAAAGAAGCCCCACGUAAUGUGUAGGUUUCAAGAGAACGGCAUUUUGCUAUCCAGUGUUCUUCAGUCCAAAAAAGAAAGCCCAAGGUGAAGUAGACUUUCCUGAAGGAUGACUGUAGUGUGUCAUGGCUACAGUUUGCACUGUCAAGAAAUUUCGAAUGUUGUUUUUGGUAAAUGAAAGAACUGUGUGAAGAAGGGUUUCACUUUUAGCAGUUUGGCCUUGAUUAGGAUAACUUCCGACUUUCCAGAAUAACUCUUGCUCUGUAGCAAAGUCUUUUUGAGCAGGGAUCCAAGAGUGGAAAACAAAUGUCCUGUUAUACAGAAAGCUAAUUCUUCAGAGUUGCUUGCUCACCAGUCCUGUUUAUUAUUUUUUUUUCCCCAUUUUUACUCAGGUAGGUGGACUAAAAAUUGGGGACCCAAAUAGAAUAACAGGCUUUUUAUGAGUUGUGCUUGAAGCCUUUUGAAAAUCUGAAAUUAAACUAGUGGUUUUCAU